AUGGAACCCACGGAGAAGCUCUGCAGGAAAAUACGGGGCCAGGAAGCUGGUGUCAAGCCCAGGACUGCUGAACAGGAGACAGAGGGACCAUUGCAGGACUCUGCCCCACCUAUUGAUGAUGACCAAAGCAAGCAGUCCGGACUCCCCAGAGCUGGCUCAGGAAAGAGGCCGCUGUCAAAGACCUCUGGGGAGUUGACAGACACUGACACGUGCAGAAUGUACAAAGACCUAGUGCCAGCCUCAGAUAGUCCCCAACCCCCAGAAGAAGUUUCCUUUCCUUUCCCAGAAAAGAAGGUCAAGAAAGUGAAGCCAUCUAUUUCUGCAGUCCCUGGUAAGCCCACAGAGUGGGAAAGUAUGAGUCAAGAGGAGGACCUGAAGAAAAAAUCUCUAGAAGUGACCUGUCCAUUUCGGAAAAAGACUCGAACCCUGUACCGCUCAGACCAGCUGGAGGACCUGGAGCGGAUAUUCCAGGAAGACCACUAUCCUGACAGUGACAAGCGUCAUGAGAUUGCCCAGAUGGUGGGGGUCACCCCCCAACGCAUCAUGGUGUGGUUUCAGAACCGCAGGGCAAAGUGGCGAAAAGUGGAGAAACUGAGCGAGAAGGAAAAUAAGAACGGUCCUGCAGUCCCCAGUGUAGACAGCAGCCAGUGCAGAUCCAUGCCUGAGCUCCUAGCUCCUAUGCCUACAGACCUAGAACCUGGCCCUGUUCCUCCAGAGCAUAUUCUGGAUGCCUUUUCUGAUCCCCCCAAGCUGCUGAAUUCUGACCAGAUUCUGACACCCUCUGAGCACAGUGAGGGUUCUCAGAGGGUAGCAAUGACUCCACCACUCCUCAGCCCCCCACCUAUUCGGAGGAGCAACCUUCCUCUCCCUCUCGGUCCUAUCCAAACUCCUCAAGUGAAUCCUCCACUGUGGGAUGCUCCCGGGAGUGACAGCACAUACAAGGACAUCCCAUAUGGGCCAUGGGGUACCAGUGUCACCUCACCACCCACCUACUCAAAUUUGGAAGACCUGGGGCCUCAGGAUUACCAAGCAAACAGCCAGUUGAGUUCAUUCCGGUUCUCCCAGGCUCCAGAGACCCCUCCUUUCACACCCCUUCAGCCCCAGUUUCCAUAUCUGCCCCCCUUUCCUUUCCCUGUUCCAAGCUCGCUGACAUUUCUACCACCGGAAGACUCUCUUUUUUCCUUUCCUUUUGGCCUCGGUGGGGACUUCUCACAGGAUUAUUGCUCAGGACCCCCACCAGGACAGUUCUUGCUACAGCCACCUGCUGGAAAUAUGGGUCCAGGACCCUGGAAUGGCCAUUGUUUACCAGAACCUCCCUUCCCUCAUCCACUCUGCCCACAGGCUCUGGGGCACCCCCUAGAGUCAGAGGGCUACUUUCCUGACCUGCUUCUGGCUCCAAGUGCUCAGAUUAUGAGCAAGCAGCCUUCCUUAGUCCUCAAUGGGCUUCUUGAAGGCACUAGACCAGAGUCAGGGUCCUCACUAAGCAAAGGGCCAGAGGAGCAGACAACCUUUUCCCUUGAGCAGCCCAUACCAGGGGAGAUCAGAGACAACAAUGAGAAUAGCCAUGCCACUGGGGCCAAAGAGUGAAGAGAAAACGGGCUGGCAGGGGAAGAACAGGAUUGAGGCACUCAUGCAAAAAGCAAGACUAAAAGAUUUGAAAGGCUGUGGCCUGGCCUGGAAUGGGGGCCCAAGGUCUUUGUAGCCCGGGCUUAGAAAAGGAAGGGAGCUAGCACCACAUUUUCCCCUUUUACCCCUUAGGAGUUCUGAAGAGAGAAGGACCAUGUUACUCCAAAUGUUACAUCAGUUUAUUUCCUUCCUAGCCACUUGAGUUGGUGUCCACUGUGUGCAAUAAAACAGCAACUA